CUAACACUCCCMAAAGAAUAUGCAAGAACGGAGAGAAACUUCCAAAGGCUCUUUUUCAGUAUAUUAACAGGAAGAAAAUUCAUCUCGGGAAAUCUGUGCCCUCUCUUUUUUUAAAGGCAAUAGGCAGAGGCGCUCGGUUUCGGCCGAACCGCUGUAAAGAUGGCGGUGGGACGAAGCCCCUUCUCCAGCCGCCACCUAGGACUCUCGCCUCAUAUUUCCCACAAACCCCUCCGCGCGGCCCCACUCGCCCAGAGCUGCCCGGCCGGUGUCCCCGCAAGUGCGCACGCGCGGAACGACGUCACGUGAGCUCCCAGGGCUCCACCGAGCUGGCAGGAGGGGCCUUGCCAGCUUCCGCCGCCGCGUCGCUUCAAGACUCGGACGGCUGGUUCUCGCUGCUUCCGCUGCCGCGGGGCAGCCGGAGGACACCGACCGAUGCUAGGGGCGCGCGGCGGCGCGGCCAUGGGACUGCGCCGACUCCGGUGACAGCAGGGAGCCAAGCGGCCCAGGCCCUGAGCGCAUCUCCUCCAGGGGGCCUCGCCCUCCUGCUCGCGGGUCCGGGGCUCCUGCUGCCGUUGCUAGCGCUGCUGCUGGCGGCGGCGGCCAGGAUCAUGUCGGGCCGCCGCUGCGCUGGCGGCGGUGCGGCCUGCGCGAGCGCUAUAGCCGAGGCCGUGGAGCCGGCCGCCCGUGAGCUUUUCGAAGCGUGCCGCAACGGGGACGUGGAGCGAGUCAAGAGGCUGGUGACGCCCGAGAAGGUGAACAGCCGUGACACCGCGGGCAGGAAGUCCACCCCGCUCCACUUCGCUGCAGGUUUUGGACGGAAAGAUGUAGUUGAAUAUUUGCUUCAGAAUGGUGCAAAUGUCCAAGCACGUGAUGAUGGUGGGCUUAUUCCUCUUCAUAAUGCAUGUUCUUUUGGUCAUGCUGAAGUAGUCAAUCUCCUUUUGCAACAUGGUGCAGACCCAAAUGCUCGAGAUAAUUGGAAUUAUACUCCUCUCCAUGAAGCUGCAAUUAAAGGAAAGAUUGAUGUUUGUAUUGUGCUCUUACAACAUGGAGCUGAGCCAACAAUCCGAAAUACAGAUGGAAGGACAGCAUUGGAUUUAGCAGACCCAUCUGCAAAAGCAGUGCUUACUGGAGAAUAUAAGAAAGAUGAACUUUUGGAAAGUGCCAGGAGUGGCAAUGAGGAAAAAAUGAUGGCUCUUCUUACACCAUUAAAUGUCAACUGUCAUGCAAGUGAUGGCAGAAAGUCAACACCAUUGCAUUUGGCAGCAGGAUACAAUAGAGUAAAGAUUGUACAACUGUUAUUGCAACAUGGAGCUGAUGUUCAUGCUAAAGAUAAAGGUGAUCUGGUGCCGUUACACAAUGCCUGUUCUUAUGGUCAUUAUGAAGUAACUGAACUUCUGGUCAAGCAUGGUGCCUGUGUGAAUGCAAUGGACUUGUGGCAGUUCACUCCUCUUCAUGAGGCAGCUUCUAAGAAUAGGGUUGAAGUGUGUUCUCUUCUCCUAAGUUACGGUGCAGAUCCAACACUACUCAAUUGUCACAACAAAAGUGCUAUUGACUUGGCUCCUACACCACAGUUAAAAGAAAGAUUAUCAUAUGAAUUUAAAGGCCACUCAUUGCUGCAAGCUGCACGUGAAGCUGAUGUUACACGAAUCAAAAAACAUCUCUCUCUGGAAAUGGUGAAUUUCAAGCAUCCUCAGACACAUGAAACAGCAUUGCAUUGUGCUGCUGCAUCUCCAUAUCCCAAAAGAAAGCAAAUAUGUGAACUGUUGCUAAGAAAAGGAGCAAACAUCAAUGAAAARACUAAAGAAUUCUUGACUCCUCUGCACGUGGCAUCUGAAAAAGCUCAUAAUGAUGUUGUCGAAGUAGUGGUGAAACAUGAAGCAAAGGUUAAUGCUCUCGAUAAUCUUGGUCAGACAUCUCUGCACAGAGCUGCACAUUGUGGCCAUCUGCAAACUUGCCGCCUACUCCUGAGCUAUGGGUGUGAUCCUAACAUCAUAUCCCUUCAGGGAUUUACUGCCUUGCAGAUGGGAAAUGAAAAUGUGCAGCAGCUGCUUCAAGAGGGUAUCCCAUUAGGGAAUUCAGAGGCAGACAGACAGUUGCUGGAAGCUGCAAAGGCUGGAGAUGUGGAAACUGUAAAAAAACUGUGUACUGUUCAGAGUGUCAACUGCAGAGAUAUUGAAGGACGUCAGUCUACACCACUCCAUUUUGCAGCAGGGUAUAACAGGGUGUCUGUGGUGGAAUAUCUUCUACAGCAUGGAGCUGAUGUGCAUGCUAAAGAUAAAGGGGGCCUUGUACCUUUGCACAAUGCAUGUUCUUAUGGACAUUAUGAAGUUGCAGAACUUCUUGUUAAGCAUGGAGCAGUAGUUAAUGUAGCUGAUUUAUGGAAAUUCACACCUUUACAUGAAGCUGCAGCAAAAGGAAAAUAUGAAAUUUGCAAACUUCUGCUCCAGCAUGGUGCAGACCCUACAAAGAAAAACAGGGAUGGGAAUACUCCUUUGGAUCUUGUUAAAGAUGGAGAUACAGAUAUCCAAGAUCUACUUCGAGGAGAUGCAGCUCUGCUUGAUGCUGCCAAGAAAGGUUGUUUGGCCAGAGUCAAGAAAUUGUCUUCUCCUGAUAAUGUAAAUUGYCGUGAUACCCAAGGCCGACAUUCUACACCCUUACAUUUAGCAGCUGGUUAUAAUAAUUUAGAAGUUGCAGAGUAUUUGUUACAACAUGGAGCUGAUGUGAAUGCUCAAGACAAAGGAGGACUUAUUCCUUUACAUAAUGCAGCAUCUUAUGGGCAUGUAGAUGUGGCAGCUUUACUAAUAAAGUAUAAUGCAUGUGUCAAUGCCACGGACAAAUGGGCUUUCACACCUUUGCAUGAAGCAGCCCAAAAGGGACGAACACAGCUUUGUGCUUUGUUGUUGGCCCACGGAGCUGAUCCUACUCUUAAAAAUCAGGAAGGACAAACACCUUUAGAUUUAGUUUCAGCAGAUGAUGUCAGUGCUCUCCUUACAGCAGCCAUGCCUCCUUCCGCUCUACCUUCAUGUUAUAAACCUCAAGUACUCAAUGGCAUGAGAAACCCAGGAGCCACUGCAGAUGCUCUAUCUUCAGGUCCAUCCAGCCCAUCKAGCCUUUCUGCAGCCAGCAGUCUUGACAACUUAUCUGGGAGUUUUUCUGAACUGUCAUCAGUAGUUAGUUCAAGUGGAACAGAGGGUGCUUCCAGUUUGGAGAGAAAGGAAGUUCCAGGAGUAGAUUUUAGCAUAACUCAAUUUGUAAGGAAUCUUGGACUUGAGCACCUAAUGGAUAUAUUUGAGAGAGAACARAUCACUUUGGAUGUAUUGGUUGACAUGGGACACAAGGAGCUAAAGGAGAUUGGAAUCAAUGCUUAUGGACAUAGACACAAACUAAUUAAAGGAGUUGAAAGACUUAUCUCUGGGCAACAAGGUCUUAACCCAUAUUUAACUUUGAACAACUCUGGUAGUGGAACAAUUCUCAUAGAUCUGUCUCCUGAUGAUAAAGAGUUUCARUCUGUGGAGGAAGAGAUGCAAAGUACAGUUCGAGAACACAGAGAUGGUGGUCAUGCGGGUGGCAUCUUCAACAGAUACAAUAUUCUCAAGAUUCAGAAAGUUUGUAAUAAGAAACUGUGGGAACGAUACACUCACCGGAGAAAAGAAGUUUCUGAAGAAAACCACAAUCAUGCAAAUGAAAGAAUGCUAUUUCAUGGGUCUCCCUUUGUGAAUGCAAUUAUCCAUAAAGGCUUUGAUGAAAGGCAUGCGUAUAUAGGUGGCAUGUUUGGAGCUGGGAUUUAUUUUGCUGAAAACUCUUCCAAAAGCAAUCAGUAUGUAUAUGGAAUUGGAGGAGGUACUGGGUGUCCAGUUCACAAAGAUAGAUCUUGUUACAUUUGCCACAGGCAGCUGCUCUUUUGUCGGGUAACCUUGGGAAAGUCUUUUCUGCAGUUCAGUGCAAUGAAGAUGGCACAUUCUCCUCCAGGUCAUCACUCAGUCACUGGUCGGCCCAGUGUAAAUGGCCUAGCAUUAGCUGAAUAUGUCAUUUAUAGAGGAGAACAGGCUUAUCCUGAAUAUUUAAUUACCUACCAGAUUGUGAGGCCUGAAGGUAUGGUUGAUGGAUAAAUAGUUGUUUGAGGAAGGAAACUAAUUCACCUAAACCUAAAAUCACCGAAGCAGCUGGUGGCCUCUAAGUUUUUUUCCUUUGCUGGAAAAAUUCAUCUUGCUUCCAGGCCUAUGGCAAAAGGAUAAAAAAUGUGAAAGAAGUUUAACAUUCUGACUUGAUAAAGCUUUAAUAAUGUACAGUGUUUUCUAAAUAUUUCCUGUUUUUCAGCACUUUAACAGAUGCCAUUCCAGUUUAAACUGGGUUUGUCUGUACCGAAUUAUAAACAGUUAACUUGAACCUUUUAUACGUUAUGCAUUGAUUCUAACAGAAACUGUAAUGCCCUCAACAGAACUCAUUUUACUAAUACAGUACUGUGUUCUUUAAAACACAGCAUUUACACUGAAUACAAUUUCAUUUGUAAAACUGUAAAUAAGAGCUUUUGUACUAGCCCAAUAUUUAUUUACAUUGCUUUGUAAUAUAAAUCUACUGUUUUAGAACUACAGCGGUUUACAAAAUUUUUCAUAUGUAUUGCUCAUCUGUACUUCAUCUUGCAUUAUACUSAUUGAGUGAUCUUUAUGUUUGAUUGCAGAGGCUAUGUUGAGUUGUUAGUAGAAACUUAGCUGGCAAAGAUUAAUUUAUCAGAUUUAAUUUACUGAUGAAAGAAUUUCUCUCUCAUUAGAAAUCUUUCUCACUUAAGAACAUUAUGAAUACUCUGGGGAUUUAAUUUGUGAUGCCUUUGUAUGUAUUAGACACACAUUCCAAAGAGCUCUUAACUAUGAUAGGUCCUGGUUAUUAAAGAAGCUUCUUUUCUGGCCUCAAACUCUAGGUUUUACUUAGGAAAUUUUUCCAGUGUCAUUCUGUGACAAUUAGAGCAAAUGCUUCUGUUUUUGUAGAGAGGUUAAAUCCUAACUUUUGAACAAUUAUGGUAUUCUUUUUAUGGAAUGUAAAUAGGAAAUUAAAUUUCAGAGUUGGAAAAAAGCAAUCCUGGAUAAUUGCCUGAUUGGUUCUAAUUACCUUAAAUCUAAAGGGAGGAGGAUAGCAAAUAGGAGUGGGUAAUUUUUUUAUCCUAAGUGUUGUUUGUUUAUGCUCUUUUUUUUUUAAUCUUAUUGUUAUAUUUAUAGCCAAUCUAUACAUCAUGGGUAAACUGAACCCAGAACCAUGAAUGUAAAUGUCUCAGUCUUUCCUUGGCCCCUGAAUGGGCAAGUGCAUUGAGACAGGUACUUUCUGAUCCUGGGUUGCCUCUACAUAACACAGUGCUUAAUUGGAAAUAUGCUUUCAUUUGUGCACCAUGUGGUGACCAAACUUGUGUCCAGUUUGGCAGCUGUGGAGGGAAUUGUUGUUCCGUAAAAUGCCAUUCCUAUUUUCAGAAGUGAAACUAUCUUUUCUACAAAGCAUACUUGGGCAUCCUGGUAUAGAAACAUGCAUAAUGGCUUGGCAUUCUAUUUUACCUGUUCUAGCUCCCUCAGAAGUCAAGGAAAGAUUUUUAUCCACCUAAGUCCUUAUCAAUGAGGACGUUCCAUUCACUCUCUGUGUCAAUUCACCUUUGUUUUACCUUUUAUUCAGUCUCUAAAUUAACUGACCUUUUCAGUAACCUGUAUAUAAAGUGCUAGAAAGUCAUGUUUCUUGUUCUGAAUAAGAGUCAAAGUAAAUGCAUUUGUGGAGUUGUCUCUAUGAUAUAAAUUGUGAUCAUUAGUUAAGARGUCAAAUCUUGACCUUGAAAUGCUUUUAUACAGCUCUCUACUAAUUGCAAAUAUGAUCCUAAAGUCAUUUCUAAGAAUACAAAUGGAGUAUGCCAAAUUUUAUACACAUUUUUCAGGUUCUCUAGGYCUCUAGGUUUUAUAAUUAGAGAAUAAUGAGAUGAAUUAAUGGAUUUAUAUUUACAUAUCUUGUUAUCAACAUUUAGGCCAUAUCACUCACCCUUUGAGUAAUUUUGGAUUUGUGUGUCAUGUAAACCAUUGUGGUCUAUAAGUUUACAAUAUUGURAACUGUGUUAUUUCAUCUAAUCCAUUGCUUACUUAGUGUGUUUUUCCAUGAAUGAUUAUAUUGUGGUUAAUAUGUUAGCAUGGCAAUAUUUUCAGGUAGCUUUUUGUUUAUUGGGAGAUUGGGAUUUGGGRGGAAUUUUUUAGUGCUUUGCAUGAAAUAUCUUACUUUUAAAAUGAUGGAAUUGCUUUCUCUUUUUUCUUGUGAUUUUUUUUUAAGUGAGAUUUAAUUUUUUUGUGUGAGUAGUAAUAUUAUACCCAUCUUGAGUGUCUUGUACUGUAUCACAUUCCAUACCCCCUCAUUAAUUCUUAAUAAACUGUUCACUUGUUUUA